GAAGAGUCGGGCGAUAGAGGGUGGAAAAAAAGGCAGAGGAACAACUCCUGUUUACAACAACAAUAAUGGACCCUAAACGCUCAAACGUCUUGUGCAAGCGUGCUUUAUUGACUGGAUUUACGCUAUGCGUCUUAUUGGUCACAAAACCCGCGUCUGCAAUCGACAUACAUGCCGACCAGGAGGUGAUAGUACAGAACGGCACCACGGGCGUCCUCCGGUGCACGUUCAAGUCCAGCGAAGUGGUCAGCAGCGCCACCUCAGUUACCUGGAGCUUCCAGUCGAGUCAGCCCGAUAAUCAAUUCUCCAAAUCGCCGUACGUGAUAUACUACUUCUCCAACGGGAAAGGGUUUCCGGGCUCAGACGAGUUCAAAGACAGAGUGCAGUUUAUUGGAAACAUCAACCAGAGGGACGUCUCCAUACAGCUGAGUCCGACUCAGUUCAGCGACAACGGAACCUUCUUCUGCGACGUGAAGAACCCGCCCGACGUGAAGGGAACGCAGGCUCGAACCGAGCUCAGGGUCGUCCUCAAAGAGUCUCUUCCUCAGACCAGCACGGCCAUUAUCGUCGGGGUAGUUUGCUGUGCUUUAGUUCUGCUCGUCCUCAUCGCUGUAGCUGCCUGCGUCGUCAUGAGGGUGCUCCACAACCGCCAUGAAUACGAAGGAUGUACGUCUUUGGAGAGCGUGAGCUCUCAGCCUCCGCGGCCACGAAAGAAGGUGGAGUCCAGCCUGGAGAACUCCAGGUGUACCAGUCCCUCGGGUCCGCUACAGGGCCCGGUGAUAUACGCCCAGCUGGAUCAUUCAGGCAGCAAAAACUCAUUCCAUAAGAUGGAGCCAGUGGUCUACGCUGACAUUCGUAAAAACUGAAGAGGAACCGGGGACCAAAAAAGAAAAAAAAUAUAUAUUCAAAACACAGUAAAGUAUGAGACCUCUGUAUUAGCUCCUCUAGGGAAGGGUGGGAAUAUUUCAACAGGGACACAAUUGGUGCAGUUUAUCUCUCUUUUUUUCAUACUUUGUCCUCUUAAAGCAUGAUGCUGUUAUAUGACCAAGUAACGUUUCCAUGUGCUUUGUUGUGAAGAUAAAAAAAAAAAAAUAAGCAAAGAAAACACGAGUUGACACUACAUCUCUGCUGCAUAAGCAUUAAAAUUGUUCUCAAACACAGGGAUCCAAGUAAAAAUCACAAUGCCUUCAUACAGUAGAUAUCAUUCCAAGGGUACAAAUAGUUUAUUUUAAACAAAAAAAAGGUUCAGCAGGCUGUUGCACCAACAUACUCUGUUAAACACUACAACCUACCAUCACAUUAAGCUUCUUUAGUCUUAAACCAACAUAUUGUUUCUCCAGUUUAGAAAAGCGUUGACCCUGACUAAGCUGACCAUCGCUGCUAGUCCAAACACCAUGGCCACUUUAGUCCGGACCAAACCCAAACGCCACAUCACUACUCCAGUCUAGCAUUAGUAUCGACCACCAUCACUGCUGCAGUUUAAACUAAUCUAAACUCGACAUCUCUUCUCCAGUUUAAACUAAUCUAAACUCGUCAUCUCCACUCCAGUUUAAACUAACCUGAACUCAUGACCUCUAGUGUAGUAUAAACUAAUCUCUAAACUCAUUUUGUAGAUAGUAGAAACCUAGAUAGCUCUAUGAGUCCAGUUUCCUUUCUUCAAAUGCCUUUUGGAUUACCAUGGCCUGGAUGACUGAGAAUCUUCACAGACAAUCUAAACUCAUCAACACCACUCCAGUUUAAAUUAAGCUAAACUCAUCAUCUCUACUUUAGUCUUAAACUAAUCCAAACUCACCAUCACUAUUUCAGUCUUUACCAAACCCAAACUCCCCAUCGUUACAUGACUACCCCAUCGUCUAGCAUUACUAUAAACCACCAUCACUAUUUUAGUCUUGACCAACACUUUUCAAAACACUGGCUACAUUUACAUGGACACAACCCAGCUCUGUUAUCAGAGAUUUAUACUCAGCUGUUUGAAUGGAGGCCAAAUAAAAUCAACAUCAAUUGGAGCAGAGGGUUGUUGACAAAGUGGUUCUUUCUUUACUUUCAAAUUAGCUGGACUUAGGAUUUAUGUCCAGAAAACUCAAUUAAUUAAGCAAACGUUGUCGACCACAAUAAAUCUUUGUUUUUGUCUGGUUGUUUGCUACCUCCCUCCACCAACAUGGCAAACAUUGGCCAUUCCUUGUAAUCUUCUGAUUAUAAGUGAAUAAUCCAUGUAAAUGUAGCCACUGUUUCAGAAGCCUUGUCCAAAUCAACGUCCAAGUAUGAAAGAAAGAGCCUGUACUAAGUAGAUAUUUUAAAACCAGAGCUGGAACCAGUUUUAUGCGUUUGUCCAACUCGCAUCACGCCAUCAUUCAUCGAUCGCUUCUGCGGUAGCUUGGUGCUUUUUUAUCGAGGUGAACAGGGCUGUUCGACCAGUGGUCAUAAACUAUACAAACACCAAUAAGCAUCAAGGAAAAUCUGUCAACGUGAAGACCUCAUGUUAAAGACGGUUACAUGCUAAACCUGUGCUGUGGUCUAGUCUAGCUGAUAGUGACUGAUGUUACGUCGUAUGUAAAUGUCGUGAACGUAAAUUCCUACCUUAAGCUCCUCCUAAAGCUUCCGGCAAUUUCCUGAGAACCAUUUAUUUUAAUUUUUUUUCUCCAGGUUUGUAAAAGAAGGUUUACAAAGGCUGCAAAACAAAAAUGUAGACAAAAAAAGACAAAAUACAAAACACAACAUGGACGAAUCACUGAGGAGACGAAAUACUCACCGACGUAUUUAGUGACCUUUGAUUACAGACCAUGAAACUAAAGAAGACAUCAAAAGAACAAGCUGAAACAAGGACAACGAAGCACACACCUUGGAUUUAUGAUCAAACAAACGUUACUAUAGCAUAGUUAUUGACUAGCAAUGGGACGUGAACGCGCGCGACUUACGUAGAGUAACGUAACACAACAGACACGCAGUAAAAUGGCCCGUGAUUGGUGGAAAACCUCCUUCACAGGGUGAUUUUAAUUCAUCUAAUUUCAUUAUUUUAUUUAAUUAAAAUAUGCUAUUAACAGGCUAUUAUCCAAUCUGGACAAAAUUGCGCCAAAUAAAAGACGUACGCACCCUUAAUACCUUCAAUCUUGUUUUUGUUCAUGAACAUUAAAAAAAUUGAAAAGUCGGAACAAUAAAGUAAAUAAGUCUUCUUAUGCCAUACGAUAACACUCUAGGGUUAAAAUUUAGAAUUUACUCUCUUUAUAAAUUGCUCUUGUUUCAGCUUUUUCUGACUGAGAACCUUCGAAAUAAAUUUUACCAGACUCAAACCAAAACUCUAGCUCACAGUUUACCUCUGAUUUCUGACAGGAAUUUAAAAAAAUGAAUCAGAGAUCUGCAGACAAGUGGUGCGACAGUCUGCUGAAACCCACGGUUCACCUCCAUCUCCGGCCAUAGCCAUGUUGUUUUGUAGACUUCGAUUUUAACAUGUUGCCUCCGUUAACUUUGCAUGCAGUUGUAACAAGACCUACAGAAUAAAUCUGGUACUCCGCAGCUAGUAAAAAGCAGAAGAAGCCGUCUGACGUCGUGUUACUGUGAAUGCUUCAGUUUUCUGUAAAAGUUCUGGCAUGUUGCUGUGGUACCUUUUAUAACGAAAAAGAAAAGCAUCGUCUCCGUUUCGAUUUUCACCUCAGUGGAACAUGUUUUUAUGUUUGUUUUAUUUUUAUUUUUUCUGAACCUUUUUCUUGUUUCCGUUCUGUGUCUCAACACUCCAGGAAGCCUCUUUUAAAAGCCUGACUUAAAAGAGCGUAAUUAACCCGAACGCGCCGUUAUUUCCCGUUACCUUUUUGCUCAUUUUGAAUUAUGCAUGUUGAAAAUGUGUCAAUGUUCGAUUGAGGUGAAAUGUCUCCUCCGAUUUAAAAAACCGGGAGAACGGUUCUAAUUACACUGUUUGCAUGCAAUUUACUAACAUAACAUCAUUAUUAUGAAACUUAUCUGUCAUUUUGUUUUUUUAUCUAUGUUUUAUGUAAAGCUCUUUUCUUUUCCAAACUUAAGGGGCCAAAUAUUUUUUUUUCUUUCUUCCAGCUUUAAAAUGCAUUCCAAAUUAUGUUGUUUUUUUUUUUGUUUUUUUUGCAUCGAAGCAUUAAAAAGCCAAAUUUUUGUUAUAAUUUUGUAUUUAACAGUUAUCAACGAGAAUGAGGUGUUGCAUCCAGUCUUAAAACGCCUUCAGCUUCAGCUUCAGCUCGCGAUUUUCAAAUGCAGUUUAAAAAAAAAAACAAAGAGAAAAGAAACGUCCGCGCUGACCAGUGUUUGUACAUAUUUCUUGCUCAUCACUUAAGAUGUAGUGCUGUUUACUGUAACUCAUUCCACUGUGGUGUGGCCGUCUUUCCAGCAGGAGGAAAGAAGUGGUUGGCUGCAGACGCCGAGGAAGCUGGUGGCAUGCUUUUUUUUGUUCUCUCCUUCUCUCUAGUCUUAAUUAAUUGUCACCGGAUGUGUUUGUGCACAGCGCCAGGUCAAAAUGGCUCGGAUUUAGACGUUCUUCAGUCUUUUAUUUUGAAAUUUAAAGGGGAAUUUAUAUGUAUUUUGAACUAGUCGACCAUAACCAGAGAACUUGUGGACUAAGAGGAGUUGAUAUCUUCUUCUGUGAAGUUUAAAUUAUGAUCUGAUCUGAUCUGAUCUGAUCUGAUCUGAAGGAGCAUUUCCAAGUGAAUGAACACGAACACAUUUAAAGUGAAUUGGAAAAUAGGUUAAAAAAAGAAAUUAGUGUAAAACAACUUGAUUGAAAUAGUUCAUUGCCAAUUACGGGAAAACGAAGGGGAAUGUUUUGGUUCUGGCUGAAGAAAGCUUAAAUUCAUCUUAUUUUGACUGGAAUUUGGUUGGGACGCCACACAAACACGGUCUACUCUUCUGUCUUUUUCUUCCAUCUUUACGUUCUUUUUUUUUUUUUUUUUUUUUUUUUCCAUUUAGCAGCAUGCAUUUCAACGUACUGACCAAAAUGCAAAAGAACAAACCACGCGUGAUACCGACAAACCGUUAACUGCCGGUCGCUUCGCUCCUUAUCGUGACUCGUCGCAGUGUUUUAGUGCCGUUUGUAGAAAUCGUGAUGUAAACUAUAAAUUAUGAAAGAUUUCAGAUUCGAGCGAGGCCACGUGGUGGCGGAGGCGGAGGCGGCGGCGUUUGGUGUCUUGGGCGAAACGUUAGCUCACGAAGAAAUCUUAUAAGUGCGUGCUUAGUGUUUCUCGAUGGUAAAUAGUUGUGUGUUAUUUGAGAAUUGUUUGGUAUGUUAUGUUGUAAAAUCUGCACUAUGUCUUGCAUAUCAAAGACAACAAAUGCCCUGUGAUUAUUAUUUUAUCUUUAAUUUUUUUUUAUUUUUUAUUUUUUUUGGUUCAUCUCUGAAUGACCUUGGCCUCUGUUUAACGUCUUUAAAACUGGAAUGUUGUACAUUUAGUGCCUUUUACAUUUCAUCAGCUAACUUGAACAUCUGCUCAGAAUAGAAAAGAUAAGAUUCAUUUAUUUUCCUUUUAUUGUAUGUAUUUUUUUAUACACAUAAUAUCGUCUCUGUAUCCACUGUUCAAAUUUUAUAUAAAACUAUUCCUGGCCAAUUA